UAAAAGAAACCAGUUUUUCUUGUUGCUUACAAAAACUGAGGUAUAUUUUUUGACAGCUCUGAAGGGAUACUUAACAGUUCCCUGCAAAGCAGAGGAAAGUGCAAAUCACCGGCUCUUCCGCAAGGACACGGGGGAAACCAGAGUUUUAGAAAUCAGUUUAUUUUUGUUGCCAGUCAGUCAUCCCUUUGAUUCCAGGGUGGAUCGAUGUGAUCGAUUCGUGAGCCAUCUGAGAGCGGAGGAAAAGCAGCGGGAUGCAGCAAACCUGUGGAGCUUUACAAAUCGCUCUCCCUUUACUCCCCGCUGCUGUCUCCACCCUCGGCAACGUUGUGGCUCCUCCUGGAAAGCGGAGAUGCUGAAGGCAGCCAUGGCUGUAUCCACUCAGUCCCGUGCAGGGCUCCAGCCAGCUGGCAGUGCAGCGGGGCUGCCUGCUCUCCCUGCCUCCUCCUCCUCUACAGAGUGGAAAUCUCCACGUGCUGUGUUCUGACGAGCACCUCAAACCAGCUAUGAGAAAAGUUUUUUAGCCUGUGUGCAUGAACUGGCAUCUUGGAAGGACUAGCCUAUCUGGUAAUUGAAUUUGCAAAGUCCAGGUGCUUUCAGGGACCAUGGAGAACAUGUGCUGAGACCAAGCAUCAGGCAGGAGCAGCAGCGGGCUGGUGAAGAUGGAGAAUGGCACAGGUGAUGAGCAGAACCACACUGGGCUGCUGUCAAGUCAAGAGAUCAUUACAGCUGAAUACCAAGUGGUUACCAUCCUCUUGGUCCUCCUCAUCUGUGGACUGGGCAUCGUGGGCAACAUCAUGGUGGUCUUGGUUGUCCUCAGAACCAAACACAUGAGAACUCCCACGAACUGCUACCUGGUGAGUCUGGCUGUGGCAGAUCUCAUGGUGCUUGUGGCUGCAGGACUACCCAAUAUCACAGAAAGUCUGUACAAAUCCUGGGUGUACGGCUACGUGGGUUGCCUCUGCAUCACUUAUCUCCAGUACCUAGGGAUCAAUGCUUCUUCUUUUUCCAUCACUGCUUUCACCGUUGAGAGAUAUAUAGCUAUCUGCCACCCAAUCAAGGCUCAAUUCCUAUGCACAUUUUCAAGAGCUAAAAAGAUCAUUAUUUUUGUCUGGUCUUUCACCUCCAUAUACUGUAUGCUCUGGUUUUUCCUGCUAGAUCUCAAUACAGCAGUCUACAAAGACACUACUGUUGUGUCUUGUGGCUACAAGGUGUCCAGGAGCUAUUACUCUCCUAUCUACAUGAUGGACUUUGGAAUAUUUUAUGUUCUGCCAAUGGUAUUGGCAACUGUCCUCUAUGGCCUGAUUGCUAGAAUACUGUUCCUGAAUCCCAUGCCUUCAGACCCAAAAGAAAACUCUCAGACAUGGAGGAAUGACACGGCUCACCAAAACAAGACUGUGAAUUCCAAGACGACUAACAAGAGUUUCAAUAGCACUAUUGCUUCUAGAAGGCAGGUUACCAAGAUGCUGGCUGUGGUGGUAGUCCUCUUUGCAUUUCUGUGGAUGCCCUAUCGAACACUGGUGGUUGUCAAUUCCUUUCUCUCCAGUCCCUUCCAAGAAAACUGGUUCCUGCUAUUUUGCAGAAUCUGUAUUUAUUUAAAUAGUGCCAUCAAUCCUGUAAUUUACAAUCUCAUGUCCCAGAAAUUCAGAGCAGCCUUCAGGAAACUCUGCAACUGCCAUCUGAAACGGGACAAGAAACCUGCCAAUUACAGUGUGGCCCUAAAUUAUAAUGUCAUCAAAGAGUCUGACCACUUCAGCAGUGAAUUAGAAGAUAUUACUGUCACCAAUACCUUUCUGUCCUCUGCUAAAACAUCCAUUGGUGACACAUGUUUGUCAUCUGAGGUAACAGUUAAUGCCUUUUAGUAUUUGGUGUGUAUUCCUUACAAAACAGCAUGCUGAUGUGCGCUGGGUGUUGCUGGGAUAGCUUUCAGGUGAGGCAGCACAGUGAGGGGAAGGGUAAGGCUGGUGGCGAUGACUGGCAUGCCACCAAACAGGACAAUGUCAUUAGUUUAUCUGCCUGGGUCUAGAAACCGGUGGUCUGAAAGCUCCUUAUGCUGGGCAUGCUGUGAUCAGAAGAACAUGAAGCAUGCUGAAUGGUGAGGAAAAAUACACAGGUUAAGCCUUACUCCCUGACAAGCAGAGGGCAGUGGUGCAGUGGGGCAUUUUCUUGUGUGUCACCUUUUGGAUCCAGCUCGGGGUUAACUAACCUGGUGACACCAUGCAGCCGGCACAAAAAGAAGACAUAGAUGUCCCUCACAGCAGUGCUGCAGUCCUGCAAAGGCAUGCCCAUUUCCCAGCUAGACGCACCAUCUCCAUAUGCAGCACAUCUCUCUAACCCAGCUCUCUUCAUAUGAUGGUGCAUGUUGCUGUUUCCAAGAUGCUUUUUUUUAUGCAGUAGUGCUUAGCUGUUCAUAAGUCCAUGUACAUAAUGUCUUUCAAAAUAGAUAAUUCACUGGGCGACUUAGGUUUUAAUUUGUUUGCAGAUGCAAUGAAGAUGAAAGACAUACUUGUUCUGAGUAUACAGUCAUACAGAUCCUUCAGAUGAUCUCUUUGCACCGAAGUAUAACUACAAAGGCAUUUCUGUUCACCAACUAGCAGGAUUUACCACAUAUCUCUACAUACUUGUCAGCAACAUGCAAGAAAACACAGUUUCUUGGGGAGUC